CGGUACCAGUCAGACUGUCGGAACCAAGAGAAGAGCAGACGUCUGACGAGCUGAUCGUAUUAAUCAGAGUCCAAAGGAUCGGCUUGUUGCACGUGGAGGACAUGUCACGUUGUCAGCUACCAUUCAUGGCUGUGCCCAAGUGGUUUCCUUUGAUGAUAGGAUCGUUUCUACACAUUGUCGUUUUGGCUGUCGAGAUAAGAAGAUUUUCGGUGCCAAGGUACGUGGAAAACGGAACGGAGGAUUCUGUGAUUUUAGAUUGUGAAUACGUCUACAAUGAGAACGACAUCAGACUUGUGGUAAAAUGGUUCUUCAAUGAAAACUUGGAGCCCGUAUAUCAAUGGAUACCAGAACUGAAAAUACGGCAUACAUCUGGGAUACUUCAGGAUCGUUUAGAUCUGAAUUUCAGCGUGAACACAGUCGACGCUUAUUCUCGUUAUAGGGCCCUGAAGGUCUUGGAUCCAACAACGGAGCUGAGUGGCAAAUACACUUGUCUCGUGACAUCACUAGCGGGGCAAGACUCCCGGGAACAGAACAUGACAGUUUACGGUGAGUCCCAUGACACCAUGCAAGUAUUUGAUAGAAGCAACCGAUUAGAGGUGAAAGGAUGA